GCGCAGUGUGAGGACACAUAAGGGUGCUCUGGAUUUGCACUUAGGUUUAAUCGGAGCCCAGGAGAAUUGAGAACGACGACGGACAAGCGCAAUACCCAACAGGGCUUAAACCCAGUUUACGUUGCUUUGAAACUCCAACUCCACGUUUCUGUACCACUGUAAUCUCGUUUUUCUUAAGGUGCUGAGUCCUCUGACCCUGCACUAAUUUCAACCUCGCAGUAGUGGUCUAGCGACUGUUGUAAGCUCUAGAAGAUUAUUGUGGCUUCUAAUGUUCAAAGGCGACGUGGAAUCUCUGGUCUACGAAGCGAUUUCAUUCUGCACCUACAUCUAGGAAAGUAUCAAAAGACGGGAGACACACAUCGCAAGACACCGUGUUGCUAGAACUCCUCACAUCAGUCUAUCGUGUGCCUAAGCAGAUUACAGAAUUUUUUUCGAGUAGAUUCUCCAUAAUGGGAUCACUCCUUUGCACGCCCACGCCUACUCAGCUGAAUGCAAGAAUAACUGGGGGUAGAACUCCUGAUAGAACUAUUGACAUUGGAGCACUUAUUAAGCACCAGGAAAUGACCAGGGAUCUUCCAGUGCCGUCGCUUAAUCCAGGACAGCUUCGUGCUUGUAAAAAAGCCCUGAGUGUGCUUAGACAGAAAGUAAAUGAUAGUAGUGGGUUCGGAGAAAUUGACCAAGAAUAUGACGCUUUGCCGGCAGAAGAGCUUUCCGACUACAGGGCACCCACGGAGAAAACAGCGGCAGUAUUGCCCAACAACAGAGCCAAGAACCGUUAUCGCAAUGUUCUGCCAUACAACUACACGAGAGUGCUUCUCAGCAAAAAACACCUCGGUCCCACUUACACUGAUUAUAUUAAUGCAAGCUUUGUCCAGGACCAUGCCUAUAAUAAUUUGCCCUUGUUCAUAGCCACUCAAGGGCCAUUAUCCUCUACAGUCAGCGACUUCUGGGCCAUGGUGCUACAGCAGCGGUGUCCUAUCAUCGUUAUGCUCACUCAAAUUGUUGAUGGCGACCAAAAUAAGUGUGCACAUUACUUUCCUAGGGACGAAAACCAGACCCAAACACACGGACAGAUUACUGUUACAAAUCGAAAAACGAGCCUCAGUCAACAUGGAAUAGUCAGACGAGUCUUUGAGGUUCAAGACACUAAGUUCACAGAACCACUCUUGACAAUGGUGCACUACGAAUACCUGGAAUGGCCUGAUUUUAGUGUUCCACCUUCCACGAGGUCUGUUCGUGAACUGACUCGUGCCUUGAGCAGCAUUCCACCUUCAGCUGGCCCAUUUGUAGUUCAUUGCAGUGCUGGCAUAGGACGAACAGGGACAUUUUGCGUCAUUGAUCACACCCUUCGUCGAAUUCUCGGUGGUGACUUAGAGGCAGUGGAUAUUAAAAGCACGGUGCGGAACUUCAGGUCGCAACGUGACGGAAUGGUGCAAACUAGGGAUCAAUACCAGUUCUGCUACCAGGCUGUUGAGAAAGAGCUUGAAGAUUAUGUCAGGGGACAGAAAUAAGAGCUUUGAGCCCUUCAUCAAAGCGAUAAAAAGGGUGACACUAUUUGUUUAAGGAUGGUUUGGUGCGAGAUGAAUACUUUCCUUUUGCUAUUGUCGGCAAUAAAAUUAGACUUUGCAACUAUUAAUGCAAUAAUUUUUAUUUCAGGGAUGCAGUGAUUUAUAUAGAUUUUGUUGCCACCCAGCUGCAACAAAGUGAAGUAGAAUAACAAGUGUUAACUUGUAACAAUGGACUACAAUUGGGACAACUGUGUGUAUAAACAUAGGGUAUAUUGUAUUGUUUGGAGGACUUUGUGCUCAAGUGAAAUACCAGUCUGUGCAUGGACUUGAAAAGUAUACACUUGGGUACAAGUACCUCCGUGUUUUUGCAUUCAAAAUAUGGGCAGAUUCAUAGAACAAAUGACAAUCAUCGUUGGCCUUUUUAUUUAACGAAUGAUA